AUGCCUCCUAAACAAAAACCACCGCAACGCGUCGAAGCUCCCAGCUCCAGAACUUCAAACCCGGCAACGUUCUUUUUCUUGCAUGGGUACGACGAUGAUGCUGAUGGAUGCAUUAAUAUCGCACAGCAGUUCCAUGCUGCGAAUAAACUCCCGCACAUGAGCUGGGUAUUCCCCAAUGCACCAUGGAACCACGAUGCGAUGGCCAACGCAUGGUAUCCGCCUACCUCCUUCUCGCCGAUCCCAGUGGGGCGCUCAACGCAGGCUUCUUUCCAGGCUGAAGAGGAGGAGGAGGAGGAGGAUGAGUUUAACGAGGAAGGUGAAGAGGAGAUUCUGAAGAGUGUGGAGUAUUUAUGUUCUCUCAUCGAUGAGGAGAUUAAGAAGGGGGUCAAGCCGGAGAGGAUCGUUGUUGGAGGGUUCAGCCAAGGUUGUGCUAUCAGUUUGGUGACUGCGUUGGCGAGUCGGUAUCAGGGGAGGAUUGGAGUGGUGGUGGGUUUGAGUGGGUAUUUGCCUAGAGGGAGGAAGAUUAUGGAGAGGAGGAGGAAGUUUGUUAAGCAGGAAGAUGGGAAGGGGAUGAAGGUCUUUUUGGCGCAUGGGACAAAGGAUAUGCUUGUUCCGAUGAGGGUCUUUAGAGAUACGAAAGCGAGACUAGCAAGGACGGUGGGAGAGGAGGCUUUGGAGAGUUGGGAGUAUGAGGGGAUGGGUCAUGUGACGAGUGGUGCGGAGUUCAGAGAUAUGUGUACGUUCUUGGAGAGGAUUGUGCCGGAAUGA